AUGUUCAACAAACAGCAACAGAAUGGAAGUUCAGCUGACUUUAGCACAACGGAAUGUUCAACAAACAGCAACACAACGGAAGUUCAACAAACAGCAACACAACGGAAGAUCAACAAACAGCAACACAACGCAAGUUCAACAAACAGCAAUACAACGGAAGAUCAACAAACAGCAACACAACGGAAGUUCAACAAACAGCAACACAACGGAAGUUCAACAAACAGCAACACAACGGAAGAUCAACAAACAGCAAUACAACGCAAGUUCAACAUACAGCAAUACAACGGAAGAUCAACAAACAGCAAUACAACGCAAGUUCAACAUACAGCAACACAACGGAAGAUCAACAAACAGCAACACAAUGGAAGUUCAGCUGACUUUAGCACAACGGAAUGUUCAACAAACAGCAAUACAACGGAAGUUCAACAAACAGCAAUACAACGGAAGUUCAACAAACAGCAAUACAACGGAAGUUCAACAAACAGCAAUACAACGGAAGAUCAACAAACAGCAAUACAACGCAAGUUCAACAGACAGCAACACAACGGAACAUCAACAAACAGCAACACAACGGAAGUUCAACAAACAGAUACACAACGGAAGAUCAACAAACAGCAACACAACGAAAGUUCAACAUACAUUAAUAUAACGAAAGUUCAGCAUACAACAAUACAGUGA